AAAAACCAAAUGGCAGAAAACAAUCUCACAAAUAUGAUGGAAUUCAUUCUCCUGGGAUUUUCUGAUCUUCCCAAUCUCCAAGGGUUUCUCUUUGGAAUUUUCUCUAUCAUCUACCUAAGUAUACUAAUAGGAAAUGGCCUCCUCAUUAUUAUAACCAAAACCGAUCCAGCUCUCCAUACAGCUAUGUAUUUUUUCCUGGGGAACUUUUCCUUUUUGGAAAUCUGCUACACAUCAGUCACUAUGCCCAGAAUGUUGGCAGAUCUCUGGACUCAGAAGAGAACUAUUUCCUUCAUAGCCUGUGCUAUACAAGCUUGUUUCCUUUAUAUUUUUGGAGGGGCAGAGUGUCUUCUCCUGACUGUGAUGGCUUAUGACCGUUAUGUGGCAAUCAGUAAGCCUCUCUAUUAUCCUCUCAUCAUGAAUCACAAAGUAUGUGUACAACUGGUUGUGGCUUCCUGGCUGACUGAGGUCCCAGCCCUGAUUGGUGAGACAUAUCAGAUUUUUUCCAUGAACUUCUGUGGCCCUAAUAAAAUCAAUCACAUUUUCUGUGAUGCCCCUCCUUUAUUCCCAUUGGCAUGUACAGACACAUAUAAGGUAGAGGUCUCUGUCCAUGUUGUGGCUCUACUAUUUGUUAUAAUUCCCUUUUUAUUGAUACUUGCCUCCUAUAUCAAAAUCAUAACUACAAUCCUAAAAUUGCCCUCCACCUCAGGGAGAGCCAAAGCCUUCUCUACUUGUUCUUCUCAUCUAAUGGUUGUGUUCUUUUUCUAUGGGUCUGGAAGUAUUGCGUAUUUGCAGCCAAAAUCUGGUCAAUCAUCAGGAUCCAGCAAAGUGCUUGCUCUUUUCUACACUAUUGUGACCCCAGUGUUUAACCCCCUGAUCUACAGUCUAAGAAAUAAGGAUGUCAUUGCUGCACUGAGAAAAUUACUUCCUAAAUGA